AAGACUCCCGGCGCGCACCCAGCGGGCUCCAGACCUGCCUGGACUCCCGGACAACCUGCGUAGCACAGGCUCUGCUCCUGGGUUGUUCUCCACGCAGUGGUCCAGCGGUGACAGCCCAGCGAUGCCGAGUGACCGCCGCGUGGCGCUGGUGACCGGCGCCAACAAGGGCGUCGGCUUCGCCAUCACACGCGCCCUGUGCCGGCUCUUCUCAGGGGACGUGCUUCUCACGGCGCAGGACGAGGCGCAGGGCCAGGCCGCCGUGCAGCAGCUGCAGGCCGAGGGCCUGAGCCCGCGCUUCCACCAGCUGGACAUCACGGACCUGCAGAGCAUCCGCGCCCUGCGCGACUUCCUGCGCCGGGAGUACGGGGGCCUCAACGUGCUGGUCAACAACGCGGCCAUCGCCUUCAAAAUGGAGGAUACCACGCCCUUUCAUAUUCAAGCGGAAGUGACUAUGAAGACAAACUUUGAUGGUACCCGAGAUGUCUGCACAGAGCUGCUGCCUCUCAUGAGGCCCGGAGGCAGAGUGGUGAACGUGUCCAGCAUGACAUGUCUCAGAGCCCUUAAAUCCUGCAGCCCGGAGCUGCAGCAGAAGUUUCGCAGUGAGACCAUCACGGAGGAGGAGCUGGUGGGGCUCAUGAAGAAGUUCGUGGAAGACACGAAGAAGGGGGUGCACCAGACAGAAGGCUGGCCUGACACUGCCUAUGGAGUGACCAAGAUGGGCGUCACUGUCUUGUCCAGAAUCCAGGCCAGGCACCUGAGUGAGCACAGGGGAGGGGACAAGAUCCUCGUGAAUGCUUGCUGCCCAGGGUGGGUGAGAACUGACAUGGGGGGACCCAACGCCACCAAGAGCCCAGAAGAAGGAGCAGAGACCCCCGUGUACUUGGCCCUUUUGCCUCCAGAUGCCGAGGGCCCUCAUGGGCAGUUUGUCAUGGACAAAAAAGUUGAACAGUGGUGAGCUCACCCCCAGCUCCACCCAUGGCUCCUGUUUUCUAGCCUGUCCUGCUUAAUAUAAAGGAUGUCUCACAGUCAACAGAUUUUCCAACCAGGAGUGAGAAGAAAGGCAAACAUCUCUAUCAACUAACCUCUACUAAUGUACCUGAGUUGGCUAUUCCUGACUACUAAUUCCAUGAAGUCCUUUCCAAUUUCCUGUAUGAUACAGGAAGAGAAAAAUCGUAAUUGCUGAAAAGAUCCUUUCCAAUUUCGUAUGUGAUACAGGAGAGAAAAAUUGUAAUUGCUGAAAAGAAACAAUGAAAAUCGAUAGUUAAAUAAAUGGUUCUUUC